AGAGAAUCACCACCACCACCACCACCACCACCACCACCACCACCACCACUACUACUACUACUACUAUUACUACUAUUACUACAAAAAUGAUACCAGCUUUACAAGCGUUGGUCGUGGUGGGCGUGACUGCAGUGGUGACGGGGGCGCCCACCCCUGACUCACCCCCCCUCUAUGGACCCCCAGUGCGCCCCCCACACCCACAACCCCGCCCAGCCCAACCUUAUAAGGAAGAACCGGCCAAACCGUACGCCUUCGAUUACGGUGUCCGGGAUGCACAUUAUGGCGCCAACUUCGGACACAAGGAGACCAGUGACGGGAACUCCAUAACCGGAUCCUACCAGGUGGCGUUACCGGACGGCCGGGUACAGACGGUGAAGUAUGUAGCGGACCACGUUAAUGGAUUCAGUGCUCAGGUGUCCUACGAGGGAGAAGCGGCCUACCCACAGGUGUAUAAAGGUUCACAGGGUUAUAAUGCAAAACCGCAUCCGAAUCCGGCCUCGUCUUAUCCGGAUCCGAACCAGCCUCGUGUUAAUCAAGAUCUUUAUUCUCCGCCUGUUUAUUCGCUUUAGUUUGUUUGUGUUUGUGUGUUUGUUUGUGUUUUUUUUUAGAUUUGUAAGAAGGAUAAGGAAAUGAAAUAUAAAAUGUGGAAUAAAGAAAAUGGUAAAGAAAA